AGACUCUGCAAGACUUGCAAGCUCGUUCGACCGGAGCGAUCACACCAUUGCUCGGUGUGCGGACACUGCGUCCUGAGGAUGGACCACCACUGCCCCUUCACCAACUGCUGUGUCGGGCUGCGCAACCAUGGCUACUUCUUUCUCUGGUUAGCUGGAGUUUGGCUGGGGAGCGGGUACGGCAGCGCGAUCAGCUUUUCCUCCUUCAGUGUUUGCGUGUGGACGGGGUACCUGUACGGGGUGGAAAAGCUCACUCCGUUGGAGCUGGACAAGUGUAUAGAAAUGGGGAAGCGAUCGUUCAUAUUCCUCCCUGCCCUCUGCAUUUUCCUCUUCAUGUGCAUCCUGGGCGGAUGGCACCUGCUGCUGAUCGCCACGAACCAGACGACCAUCGAGUUCUACAGGAACAGA